AUGAAAGGGUUAGGAACCAACCGCAGUCGUCACAUGUCUGACUCGUGUGAACCAGCGGGAUGCCACCAGAAGCCGCUCUGUCCUAUGAACUCUGACCCUCACAGCUCCUUUCUGUUGAGCCCCGCCAUAAACCACUAUGGCACCCUGGACCCGCAUCUCCACCUGUGCCCUGCCACCAGCCCCACCACCCUGACCCCUGACUGCCUGCUGCCUUUCAGCCAGAUGUCCAACAGCAGCACUUUCCCUCGUCUUCACUACAACUCCCAGACUGAGCAGGUCGACUGCUCCCAGGCCUGUAUGGCUGGUGGCGGCGGAGUGGGGCAGGGCGGCAGAGCAGGACCGCUGUCCUCCUCCUUGUCUAUGGGCAUGGGCUUAGGCCUGGGCCUCACUGGGGCUCCAAUGAUCACCAGUGGAUCCGCCACUAUCUCCUCUGCAUCGGCAGCCAGGAUGAACCGGUUACCCUCCAACCUUUUGGAUCAGCUGGAGAGGCACCUGCCCCUGCAGCGCGAUGGCUUCAGCACGCUGCAGUUUCAUAGGGGACGUAUGUCGAAGCAACGCAGCGAGAGCCCGGGACGCAUACGCCACCUGAUGCACUCUGUGCAGAAGCUGUUUGCCAAGUCCCAGUCCCUGGAAAACUCUGCGAUCAAAGGCAGCGUGAACGGGCGCUCGGCCGGAGGGACGACCGGCACGGCGGGUGCCGGCGAGGACGGUGGUAGACCAACGCGCAGGAGCAAGAGUAAAGACAGGGCUAAAACUGAAGGGCCAAAGCAGAGACCUAGGCCCAGUGCACUAGGCCUCUGGAGCUCAGACGAUGCCCUGGACACUGACACAACCAAAGCGGGCACUAUUGCUGUAGGUUACCGCAACCCUUUGAGCAUGAUGUCUCUCGGCAGAGCGGUGUCAGACAGCCAGGCCGCUCACAGGCAUAUCCCACAGGGCUACAACACCAUUUCUGCACAUACUCUCAAGACCUCGAAAAGCAGCAGUGACCUCAAGUUUCUGGCAUGCCAGGCGACACAGGUAGUAUCCAAGGACGAGGAGGGAAGAAUCAGGGGGAGCAAGGAUGAUAUACUGGUGAAGAGGGGCUCCUGGUCCACUCUUACCCUCAGCCAGGCCAGGCAAGUGUUGCAGAAGGGCUCUGCUACAGUUAAUAGGACCCUGCUUAAGUCUAAGUCAUGCCACCAAGACCUGGCACAACAGUUCCUUCAGGUAGGAGGGCCAGUCCCACUGGGGGACUGGGCAGGAACUCUGGGUCGCGGCCGGGCCAGAGGAACUGAGAUCCCCUGUCGAAGGAUGCGCAGUGGCAGCUAUGUUAAAGCCAUGGGAGACAUAGAGGACAGCGAGGACUCAGAGGGGAGCCCCAAACCUUCCCCCAAAGCCACCGCCCGACGCCAGAGCUAUCUGAGGGCCACCCAGCACUCCCUGAGCGAGCAGCAGCCACCUCCACCUCAACGCAACUCCCUGCCAUCUUUAAAGGAGCUGUCGACGAAUCGGAGCCUGGAUAACUUAGAUUGCCUGGUGAGCCCGCUGGAGGCCCCGCCGCGCUACAGGAACAACGAUUUCAGCCAAUGCUCUGGCACGCUGGGCCGAGGCUCGGCCGCUCAGCGUGUGAGUCUGCACACGUUCUUUCAGGUAUACGGGCAUGGCUGCGGGCACUCGAUGCCGUACUGUGAGGGGGGAUCGCAGGCAGUGGAGGCUCUGGAUCUGCCUGCGCCCACGUGCUUCCGGUCGCGCAGCCACAGCUACCUGCGUGCCAUCCAGGCGGGCUGCUCCCAGGAUGAAGACACGGCCUCGGUGGACUCGGACUCACCGCCACCCACCACGAAAGGCUACAGUUACAGCUCCAACACCAUCGGCAAUAGGAAGGCUCCUCCCCCAGUCCCGCCCCGCACCACGUCCAAGCCCCUCAUCUCAGUGACGGUGCAGAGCAGCACAGAGUCGGCCCAAGACGUAUACAUCGACCAGCAGGACCGUGGCAGUGAGGCCAACAGCCAGUCGGGACGCAGCAACUCCUCCGACAGUCUCUGUAGCAUCCGCACGUGCAGCCUGGCUAAGAGGACCCGAGGACCUCUACCAGUUCCUGUCCCUGUGCGAGUCCCGGUCCCUGCCGCAACCCCUGGACCCGCUGCAGGCGCUGCACAUCCUGUUCCAGCCCCCCGUGACCUCCCUCCCACCGUCACCACCACCACCACCCCUGUCGCCACUACCACCACUUCCACAUCUACCCAGUCCCAAAAUGACACCCUGAGCAUCGGUUUCACCCUAGAGCAGGCCCCGACCGCAACCAAAAGGAAACUGUCCUCGAUCGGUAUUCAGGUGGAUUGCAUUCUGCCAGUCCUAAGAGAGGAGCCACUACCCCUACCUGCACCCCUUAAGUUUCAGUCAAUUGGAGUUCAAGUGGAGAACGGCAGGCCUCUCAGCCGGGAAAGCAGCAUGGCCUCCAGACAAAACACAGAGACUGAGCCUCAGGAGCCGCAGGAUGCCGCACCCACAGAAAACAACACCAACAGUCAAACAGUUAUUGCCACCGCAGCCAACGGACAGGACAAAGCCAUGGAACAGCAGCCCCUCAAACACACCUCAGUCCUAUCCAGGAUAUCCAGCCCGCCCCAGGUGACUCUGGACCCGGCUUUAGACCCCUCCUCGCUGCCACCGCCAGAUCCCAGCCUGGAGACCGGAAACUGCAGCACCCAAGGAGACGCUGUUCAGCCCUGCAUGCCAGCUUGCCUCCAAGACGGUAAAUGGUAUCAGAAUCUGCUGCAGGCGGAAACGGGACGCAUGGAGGGCUGGUGUCAACAGAUGGAGCAGGAGACCAAAGAAAACAAGCUGUCGGAGGAGGUGUUGGGCACGAUCCGCAGUGCAGUGGGCAGUGCUCAGCUCCUCAUGACAAAGAAGUUUGAGCAGUUCAGAGGGCUCUGUAAGGAGAACUUGGACGUCAAUUCCAACCCUCGACCGACAGCACAGGACCUCGCAGGAUUCUGGGAUCUGCUACAACUCUCAAUAGAAGACAUCAGCAUGAAGUUUGCCGAGCUCUACCAACUGAAAGCCGACAACUGGCAACUGCCUGAGAAAUUAGAGAAGAAGGAUGAAAACAAGCAGCUUCCAUCAUCUGUGCCAAAGAAGCAGACCAAGCCCAAGCUGUCAGCGGGGAAGGACAGGAGCGAGGACUCGGCUGUGGACAAACAGCGGCAAGAAGCCCGGAAGCGUUUGAUGGCAGCGAAGCGCGCGGCGUCGGUGCGGCAGAACUCCGCCACCGAAAGCGCCGACAGCAUAGAAAUCUACGUGCCCGAGGCCCAGACCCGCCUCUGAUGAGAGUGGACCAGCGACCGAUCAUCGAGACGAAUCCGGACUCCCUUCAGACAUUCAUUGACACACACACACACACACGCACACAAACACACACACACACAGACAGAUAUGAGACGAAUAACGCAAAAUGUUCAACGGAUGCACAGAAGGCCGGUCCCUUUAGAAACGUGGGGAUCACCGAAUCUAUCCAGAAUAAUGCAGAGCAUCGCGGCUGCCACGGGGCAGAAAUAUCCUUGACAUUUUGUUUUAAUACUAUUGUUAUUAUUGACAUUAGAAUAAUUAUUAUCUCCUAAAGUAUAUCAGGACUGUCUUAAAUGUGCAAGUAUCUUGGAUAAGGACAUCCUGUACCUUGUGAGCCGAAGAAGAAUCUUGGUAUCCCAGAAGUUUACUCUCUUAAAAACUCCCCUCACUGCUGAUUCUACCGGCAAGUUGUGGCUGCCUGGUUUACGAGCCGAGCUACCAUCCACACACACACUCAGGACACACAUGCAGGUGUACUCGCUGUCCACAGAGUCUUCCUGUUCUCUAUUUGUAUUAGGCUGCCACUUCGUCGAGUGUGGUGUGUGCGCGCGCUUCGCCGCGUACAAACUCUUUUAAGAUGGUGUUGAUGUACUCAAGAGGGUUAAAAUGCAGAGAACCAGAGGAAGGCAGUAGCAUAUAUAUUCUAAAUAUCACACUAUUGCGAUGUUCAUUUUGUAAAUGUUGUAUACCAGAUUAUUUGUUAGAAAGAGGUCAGUGUUCAGUACCAAGGUAGUUUUUUAUAGAUCGAGUACAUGUACUUUCAUGAUAUAUUAGCACUUCAGAUGCAAUCAUUCACUCCCACCUCCUUUUCUCUUCCUCUCCGUUUCACGAACGCACACCACACAGUCUGUGUCUGUGGAUACCCAUUGUUAAAAAGUCUUACUUUUUUUUUGUGUGUUUUUUGUGACGGGACGUGAGGAUUGACUGCCCUGCCAGUGAGCUCCAGAGGAAUGUAUGCAUUUACAGCUCAUGUCGACUUGAUCACUGCACUUUCCAUUCACCUCCAGAUCAAGUUCGCUCACCUUCGUUUGCCUGAUCAUUCUGACUUUCACCGCAUCCUCGAGUGAUGUAGGGGGACCAAGACAUUCACCACUUGAAAUGGCAUUCCCAAUCGACCAGACCGCGUGUGUGUGUGUGUGUGUGUGUGUGUAGGUGUGUAUGUGUGUGCUAGGGUGGGGGUUUACGGGGCCACUCGAAAGGAAAAUGGAAUAGCAUAGCAAUAAUAAAAUCGUAUUAGAGCGAGCAGAGCAGUCUUAAAUUAUUUAAUUCAACAUUUCCAAUAAGACUUUCUUAGUAUGAUGAUGAAGAAUGAAUGUUUUAUUUCUUUUAUUGAUUGACUGACCGCCCUUGAAAUGAUUGAAAUCUCAGGUUGAACACGUACUCAACAGUGGAUGGAUUAUUUAUUAAAUAACCACAAAUUAACUGGCCGACCGUCGGCUUCAGAGCCUUUUUGGACAAAUAUUAUAAAUCCAGACCAACUCGGUGCUCAUCAGUAAGGAGAAUCAUGUGCAGUGAAGUUCAGGCUUAAUACGACUGCUAAAACCUUCCUAGCAGCUUUAACUCCCACCCGUGUUUGUUGAGAAUGAACUGUGGUACAUAUUUUUUUUAUUAUUAUUAUUAUUAUUUAAAUUUGAAUGUCAUUCGACACGUUUUUGUGACCUCCAUUCGAAAACGAGGUCGACCUAAACAUGUCUUUUUAUUUCUGUAAUUAUUAUAAGUAACGGUGCUGCGAGGGGCUUCAUAUUGUGCCAAGACGGCAAUGAUCAUCAACAUUUCAGUGUCAUUUGAUAAAGCUUCUAUUUAAAGUUGUUUAUUUUCUUAUCGAAUCUGCUUGUGAAUUGUACUUGUCUGUAUGUGCAUUCUCAGCCAAUUUAAUUAUUUUUUUUUGCGUUUGCCUCAGCUCACUCCACAUACGCUAUAUGCCUUGUCUUCUGUCUCAACUCAUGACUUUUUGAGUAUAGGACUGGAAUAUUUUCCAUGUUCCGUUCUUCUUUUUUUUCUCAAAUGGAAACAAGUGCCAAAGGGUUCAUGAGAGGAACUGGGCAUCGCAUGCUCAUGCACAAAUGUAGGUUGUGACUCACUAGUUGUUGUUUUUUUUAUUUAAGAGCUGGCUCUCCCCCUACUGGUCAGUCCCUGUGUUGACACUCCAGACAUCUUGUUCCGCUCCAUUUUGAAUCUUUUAGUUCACAUAACACAAGAAAUGACGUUGAACUGGGAAUGCUGACACAACACCAAGUUGUUGAUUUUUCUUAUUUUCUUGUUUGUAUUACAUCAACAAUGGACAUGUGCAUUUCAUUGUCCAAAGAAACCAUUAAACAUCCCUUUGCUACA